UCACGAUGCGCUGGCUCGCCCUCUUGCUGUCUCACUAGAAAGAAAAAAAAAAAAAAACCCUACGGAAGAAAAGCUCUCUUUGUUGAAGCGAGAGAUCGUUCACUCACCAGCUCACACUGGAAAGGGGAGCAGUCGGAGUUGAAGCCCACAGUCUCCCCGGCGCAUAUAUUCUUCUUUCUCAGGCCUUUGAGCGGAGGGAUUCCGGACCGGAUGGUGACAUCUGCCCUUCGGGGUCCACCUUCGGAGAUGUCUCUGAGCGCAGCCCCAGCAUGAACUCCGCUGCGCCUCAACUUCUCACCGGGGAGCGAGGGAAUGCGCGGACACCGGAGGGUCCUCUGUCGAAUUAAAGUGAGCGAAGAAUGAGAAAACUAGUUGGAGUUUGCGCUUUAAAGACAAUAUUAUCUGCAGGUGAUUUCAUUGGUUUAAUCUGAUCAUUGAAUCUGGACGUCUGUGCACCCGGAUCACAGGUUCUCAAGAGCGCAUAUUUUUAUUUUUGAAGCUAAAAUCAUUAUUCUUAUUACAAAAAAAAUCUCCGUUUUUAUUUGUCACUUUUUGUCUGGAUUUUUAUUUCGGACUGCUGACAAUCUACAUCUGCGCCAGGCGCGACUUUUCACCCCCAUCAUCCGUCCUCCCUCCAGUCCGGAGAGAAUGAGGUGUCGCUGGGCGAAGCAUGAGCCGUCAGAGGAUCGGUCAUAAGCGGCUGUCUCUGCUAUGGAAGGGGCUGGUGGUUCUCAGCCUGUGGCUAUGCUGCGGCUGGACCUCCGAGGCGGUCGGGCAGGGCGAAGGCGUCCCCGGUUCCCUGGAGUGGCUGCUGUCGGAUAAAGGACCCUUCCACCGGUCGCUGGAGUUCCAGGAGGCUCUGGAGAGAUACCAGCAGGGCUUCAGCACCCGGUAUAAGAUCUAUAGGGAGUUUGGUCGAUGGAAGGUCAACAGCCUGGCGGUGGAGAAGCGGGACAGUUUUGGUGACAGUGGUGGUCUGGCUUUGCCCCUUGAUCCAGACUUGAUGCACACCAUCCGCCAGCUGGGGAGGCGGCCGACCCUUCAGAUGAUUACAGAGAGUCUAAUCAAGAAAUAUGGCACCCACCUCCUUCUCUCUGCCACCCUGGGAGGGGAGGAGUCUCUGACAAUAUUUGUGGACAAAAGGAAGCUCAGCCUGGAGUCGUCGUCCACGGGGGCUGAAGGCAGCAGCAGGAACUUAAACACGACUGGGGCAGUGACUCUGGAAGCCCUUCACCAGCUGGCUGCCUCCUACUUCACAGACAGAGAGAGCACCCUGCGCAGGCUCCACCACCUCCAGAUAGCAUCCACUGCUAUACGGGUGACCGAAACUAGAACUGGCCCUCUUGGGUGCAGCAACUAUGACAAUCUGGACACGGUCAGCUCUGUUCUGGUUCACAGUCCUGAAAACAAGGUUCAGCUACAAGGGUUGCAGGUAAUCCUUCCAGGCUACCUACAAAGCCGUUUCAUUCAGGCGGCCCUCAACUAUAUUGGCUGCAAAUCAGAGGGCCAGUUUGUUUGCCGGAACAACGACUGCUGGUGUGAGUGCAGUGUGGACUUUCCUCACUGCAACUGUCCUCGCUCUGACCUGGACACUCUGGAAGACAGCCUGCUGCACAUCCGAGAUGCACUGAGGCUGGUCAACAAGGAGUUUGAGGAAUCUGAGGCGUUCCGAGGCUUCACUGAGAAGCUGCCAGUCCACUACGCUGUGAACACAUCUGUCGUGGAGGACUUAUGGAGGAUGGAUGCUGGCCUGCUGCAGCGCUACAGGCAGCUGGAGACCAGCAGCAAACAGCUCCUCACCAGAGCUCACCGCACGACUAACAAGCUCUUCAGCCUCAGCAAGAGGUGCCGAAAGCCACCGAGGAUUAUCCUGCCAAGGCCGAGAUCCCUGCACUUCUGGUUGAACUACGCUCUGUCUAUGUUGUACUGCAGCGAGAACAAGCAGGUUGGUGUUUACAGUGAGAAGAGCCGCAGCUGCUCCUGCCCCUAUGACCACCCGCCGUGCCAGGGCCUGGUCCCCUGCUCUGUGGGGGACGGUUCCCGCUGUGCCUCCUGUUCUGCAGAGAACCGGACUCGAUGCUCCGGCUGCAACCCGGGAUUCACCCUGACCCAAGGUGCCUGCCGCCCUGCAGUGCCCGACCCUACUGACCCUUACCUCGGCAUGGAAAGUGACAGAGAUUUGCAGGAUCUGGAGCUCCGGUUCCUGAUCCAGCGGCGUGACCCACACCUCGCUCUGCAUGGCGUGUUUGUGAGCAACGAUGUGCGUAUAAACACCUGGUUUGAUCCCUCUUGGAGGAAGAGAAUGCUGCUCACACUCAAAAGUAACCGAGUCAAAUCCAGCCGUGUUCACAUGCUCCUUGGCCUCACCUUGCAGUUCUGCCUUACCAGAAACAGCACCCUGGAGCCGACACUGUCACUGUUUGUCAAUCCUUUUGGGGGCAGUCAUUCUGAAAGCUGGACAAUGCCUAUAGGUCAACAUGGAUACCCUGAGUGGGAGCAGUCCAAGCUGGAUAUCCCUCUGGACUGCUACAACUGGACGCUGACGCUGGGAAACAGGUGGAAGAGCUUUUUUGAGACUGUUCAUUUUUAUCUGAGGAGUUACAGCAGGGAUUCUGCAGCAGGAAACAAGAACACAAGUCUGUACAAUGAUCCCCCAGAGGACUCAGAGCCGUCAAACAACAUCGGCUACAUGAAAGUGAACAGCAUGCAGCUGUUUGGGUACAGUGUGCACUUUGACCCUGAAGCCAUCCAGGACCUGAUCCUGCAGAUAGACUACCCGUACACUCAGGGAUCACAGGACUCUGCCCUGCUGCAGCUGGUGGAGCUGCGCUACAGAGUAAACCGCCUCUCUCCUCCGGGGGGGCCACAUAUGGAUCUGUUCGCCUGUCUGCUCCGUCACAGACUCAAACUGUCCAGCUCUGACGUGAUGAGGAUACUCACUGCCCUGCAAGCUUUCAGUGCCAAACAUCCAAACUACACAGAGUACGAGGCUAAUAAACUGUGCAGCUAAUGGCCCGCCGCUUGAUGAUUUCUACUCUUUUCUUGCCACAGACAGACUUGUAUCCAUGGCCAGCUGGAUGAUAUUGUGUCAUGUGUGUGGUAUGUCGUUUACGGCUGUGCUGUACAUACACAAUGUGCAAUUAAAUUUGAUGUUUUUUUUAUAUUUUCAUUGCAGAUUUAUGGAUCUCCAUUGCAAAAAGAUCAUCUUCAUAUACAAUGCCUUUCAAACUUAUUGUUUGCGAAGGCAUUGAAAUUCUACACAUUUUGACACGUUACCAAAACAUAAUUCAAUAUUUUUUACGUUUUAUUGGAAAGUCACAACCUUUUUAUAUUUUUUACUAACAAGAAAAAUAACUUAAUCCGAAUACAAAUACAUUUAUUUGUAUUCGAUCCCUUUACUUACAGUAGGUACAGCUUUUAGAAGUCAAUUAAUUAAAUAUAGUCCACCUAUGUGUAAUGUAAUUUGUUUUAAAUGCCACUGUUCUGUAAAAAUCUUAGAUAUUCUUCAGAGAACAUAAGUGGAAAAAACGUAAUUAUAAAAAGCAAGGAAGCAGGGUUGCUUGUUAUGAAACAAAUUGUAAUCACGAUUAUUUACGAUUAUUAAUUAGUUUGGUAAACAAUGCUCAUUUUUCACAGUAAAUUGCCUUGAAAUA